UCUUUACCAACAAAGACAAAGGCCUUGAGUUAGGCCUCAUGGCUCAACAAUGAACACAAUAUUGAGUCUAGUUUUGAUACUUACAAGUCUACUCUUGUGAACUUUGGUCUCCAUUAUGAAUAAUACCGAGGGCUUGUGGAUAGAUAUCAACUCUUUAGGCUCCCUACUUGUCACAAUUCCUGCUACUUCGCGACACUUCCAAUCCAACUAAGUGUCUUCAUGGCCUUCUUGGAGCAUGUUCAGGGUUUCGUCACCGCAAAUGGUUUCUCCCAAGCACCUCCUCUCCACCCUCGAAUCGGUGCUUCUCGCCCCUACGCCACCGACGGCGGCGCAACGAGUUGAGCUCUUUCACGCCAUUCGCUCUUCUCUCCACUCCUUCCAGUCGCUUCUAUCCUACCCGCCUCCGAAGCCCUCAGAUCGAAGUCAAGUGCAGUCAAAGUCAAUUAGGCUUCCGGAUUCUCCUCCUAUCUCGCUUGAUGACCAGGAUGUGCAGAUUGCACUUAAAUUGAGUGAUGAUCUCCAUCUCAAUGAAGUAGAUUGCGUUCGCUUGCUUGUAUCGGCUAAUCAAGAGUGGGGCUUAAUGGGAAGGGAACCACUAGAAAUUCUACGGCUUGCAGCAGGACUCUGGUAUACGGAGAGAAGAGAUUUGAUAACAUCCCUCCAUUUGCUGUUAAGGGCUGUGGUGCUUGAUCAGGGACUAGAAGAUGAUGUAUUGGUUGACAUACAGAAAUAUCUGGAAGAUCUUAUCAAUUCUGGACUUAGACAGCGGUUGAUUUCUCUAAUCAAGGAACUCAAUAGAGAAGAACCUUCUGGUUUCGGUGGUCCUCAGUGUGAGCGCUACAUUAUUGAUUCACGAGGUUCUCUUGUGGAGAGGCUGGCAGUGGUCUCUAGAGAAAGACUUAUUUUAGGACAUUGCCUUGUCCUUUCCAUUCUGGUUGUUCGGACAAGUCCCAAGGAUGUAAAAGAUAUUUUUUCUGUUUUGAAAGAUAGUGCUUCUGAAGUUAGUGAGAGCAUUGCCCCCGUAAAAUAUCAGAUUACCUUUAGUCUUCUCUUUGCCGUUGUGAUUGCAUUUAUUUCAGAUGGUUUGAGUACAGUGCCUGACAAAGCAUCUGUCCUUUCUUCUAAUGCCUCCUUCAGACAUGAAUUUCAUGAACUUGUAAUGGCUGCUGGAAAUGAUCCAAUUGUUGAGGGCUUCGUCGGUGGCAUAAGGCUUGCUUGGGCUGUACGUUUAAUGUUAAUACAAGAUGGUGUUGCAGCAAGGGAAACUGUUUCAAGCGGUUCAUCAAAUGAAAUGGGUUAUCUUAGUCAAUGUUUGGAAGUCAUUUUCUCAAAUAAUAAUUUUCAGUUUUUACUGGAUAAAGUUCUUCGUACUGCUGCCUACCAGACUGAAGAUGAAGAUAUGGUCUAUAUGUACAAUGCUUAUCUUCACAAGCUGAUUACGUGCUUCUUGUCUAACCCUCUAGCAAGAGACAAGAUAAAAGAGUCCAAGGAGAAGAUUAUGAGUGUGCUUAGUCCAUACCGAUCUGUUGGAACACAUGAUUUUGCUCAGGACAGUAACUCAAGUUCUCUACAUGGCACUGAAAUGGGCUCUAUUCCAUUUAAUUCGAUCUUGGACUUUGUGAGCGAAAUUUACCAGAAAGAGCCAGAGCUCUUGUCUGGCAAUGAUGUGUUGUGGACAUUUGUAAAUUUUGCUGGAGAGGACCAUACAAAUUUCCGAACGCUUGUGGCUUUCCUGAAUAUGCUGAGCACUUUGGCUUCUAGUCAAGAAGGUGCUUCUAAGGUUUAUGAGUUGCUGCAAAAUAAAUCAUUCCGCUCCAUUGGGUGGAGCACUUUGUUUGAAUGCUUAACAAUUUAUGAUGAGAAGUUCAAACAGUCUCUUCAAACUGCUGGAGCAAUGUUGCCUGAAAUUCAGGAGGGAGAUGCAAAAGCACUUGUGGCAUACUUAAAUGUUCUAAAGAAGGUUGUUGAAAAUGGGAACCCAAUAGAAAAGAAAAACUGGUUUCCAGAUAUUGAACCUCUGUUCAAACUUCUCAGUUAUGAAAAUGUACCCCCGUAUCUUAAGGGUGCUCUAAGGAAUGCAAUAGCCACAUUUAUACAUGUCUCUCCAGUGUUAAAGGAUAGCAUUUGGACCUAUCUUGAGCAAUAUGAUCUGCCGGUAGUUGUCGGUCCUGAUGUUCAGAAUACUCCCUCCGUGGGCACUCAGGUUUAUGAUAUGCAAUUUGAACUCAACGAAAUUGAAGCAAGGAGAGAACAAUAUCCUUCAACUAUAUCUUUCCUUAAUUUAAUAAAUGCUCUUAUUGCUGAAGAAAGAGAUUUGACUGAUAGAGGGCGAAGAUUUAUUGGAAUCUUUAGGUUCAUCUAUGAUCAUGUUUUUGGGCCAUUUCCUCAAAGAGCCUACACUGAUACUUGCGAAAAAUGGCAGUUGGUUGGUGCUUGCCUUAAACAUUUUCACAUGAUAUUGAGCAUGUAUGACAUCAAGGAUGAGGACUACGAGGGUGUAGUUGACCAGUCUCGACUUUCAACAACUAAAGAAUCAUCACCCCUUCAGACACAACUUCCUGUUUUAGAGUUGAUGAAGGAUUUCAUGAGUGGAAAGACUGCCUUUCGGAACAUAAUGAGUAUUCUUCUGCUAGGAGUGAAUUCCAUAAUUGCUGAACGCAGUAGUCAAAUAUAUGGGCAGCAUUUAGAGAACGCUGUCCAGCUUUCCCUGGAAAUUAUAAUACUUGUCCUUGAAAAAGAUUUACUUCUUUCUGAUUAUUGGCGGCCUUUAUACCAGCCAUUGGAUAUUAUACUCUCCCAUGAUCAUAAUCAAAUUGUAGCCCUGUUGGAGUAUGUCAGAUAUGAUUUUCAGCCAAAAGUUCAGCAAUCCUCUAUCAAAAUCAUGAGUAUUUUCAGCUCUCGCAUGGUUGGGCUUGUUCAACUAUUGCUAAAAUCUAAUGCCUCAAACAGCUUGAUAGAAGAUUAUGCAGCCUGCCUUGAGUUAAGAUCAGAAGAGUCUCAGAAAGUUGAAAAUAAUAAUGAUUCCGGCAUUCUUAUUAUGCAACUUUUAAUUGAUAACAUAGGCAGGCCAGCUCCAAAUAUAACUCACUUACUACUUAAAUUUGACAUUGACACGCCUGUUGAGCGGACCGUUUUGCAGCCUAAAUUUUAUUACAGUUGCAUGAAGGUUGUUCUUGAUAUCCUGGAGAAGCUUUCGAAGCCUGAUGUAAAUGCGUUACUUCAUGAAUUUGGUUUUCAGCUCUUUUAUGAACUGUGCGUAGAUCCACUAACAUGUUUUCCUACAAUGGAUUUGUUGUCAAAUAAAAAAUACCAAUUCUUUGUCAAGCACCUUGAUACAAUUGGUAUUGCUCCACUUCCGAAAAGGAAUAGCAACCAGCCACUUCGUAUCAGUUCCCUUCACCAGAGAGCAUGGAUCUUAAAACUUUUAGCUGUUGAACUACAUGCUGGUGAUGUGAGUAGCUCCAAACAUAGAGAAGCAUGUCAGACAAUCCUUUCCCAUCUUUAUGGGCAAGGUAUCACUGAAAUUGGUGGAGGCCAGGCCAUUUCUCAAUUUUCACUUCAAGGUGCUUCUGAAAAUGCUGCUAUUAGAACUGUUAGUAAGAGUAAGGUUUUGGAGUUGCUUGAAAUCAUCCAGUUUAGAUGUCCAGAUUCCACUACUAAGCUCUCAAAUGUUGUGGCUGGUAUGAAGUAUGACUUGCUGCCAGAAGAUAUACUAGGCAAUCCUGGAAAUUCUGGAAAUGGUGUUUACUAUUAUUCUGAGAGAGGUGACCGGCUAAUUGACCUCGCUUCCUUCCACGACAAACUCUGGCUGAAAUAUAAUUCUGCAUAUCAACAUGGGAGUAACCUUGGUAGUGAUAUUGAGCUAAAUGACGUUCGUGAGACAAUUCAGCAAUUGCUGAGAUGGGGAUGGAAAUACAAUAAAAAUCUUGAGGAACAAGCUGCACAACUACAUAUGUUGACUGCCUGGUCUCAAAUUGUUGAGGUAUCUGCAUCUAGAAGAUUAACAAUGCUUGAAGAUCGAUCUGAAAUUCUCUUUCAAGUCCUUGAUGCAUCUCUUAGUGCUUCUGCUUCUCCAGAUUGUUCAUUGAAGAUGGCAUUCAUACUGUCACAGGUAGCUUUGACAUGCAUGGCUAAAUUGCGAGAUGAAAGGUUUAUGUUUCCUGGAAGUCUAAGUUCUGACAAUAUCACAUGCAUUGAUCUCAUCGUGGUGAAGCAAUUGUCAAAUGGUGCAUGUUUGACGAUAUUAUUUAAGCUUAUAAUGGCAAUCCUGAGAAGCGAAUCCUCAGAAGCUCUUAGGAGGCGUCAAUAUGCCUUGCUUCUUAGCUAUUUCCAAUAUUGUCUAAAUGUGGUUGAUCCGGAUGUUCCAACCUCAGUUCUUCAAUUCUUGCUGCUCAAUGAACAAGAUAGCGAACAUAUUGAUCUCCCAAAGAUUGACAAUGAACAGGCAGAAUUGGCUCGGGCAAAUUUUUCUACUUUGAGGAAAGAGGCUCAGAGCAUCUUAGAUUUGGUCGUAAAGGAUGCAACCCAUGGCAGUGAACCUGGAAAGACAAUAGCACUCUAUGUUCUUGAUGGAUUGAUUUGUAUAGAUCAUGAGCGAUAUUUCUUGAGCCAACUUCAAAGCAGGGGAUUUUUAAGGUCUUGCUUUACAGCCAUAAGCAGUGUUUCCAAUCAGGACGGUGGUCUUUCACUGGACUCAUUGCAGAGGGCAUGUACCUUCGAGGCAGAACUUGCUUUACUGCUAAGAAUCAGUCACAAAUAUGGGAAAUCUGGAGCUCAAGUACUGUUCUCCAUGGGCAUAUUUGAGCAUCUUGCAUCCGGCAGGGCAAUUAAUUUACAGGGAGGCUUAAGGUGGGUUGAGACAAGACUUAGAAGAGAUGUGGCGGUGGAUGUAGAUAGACAGCGAAUGAUUAUCACUCCAGCCUUGAGAUUAGUCUUUUCAUUAACUUCCUUGGUUGAUACAACAGAUUUUUUGGAGGUGAAGAACAAAAUUGUCCGCGAAGUAAUUGAUUUUGUCAAAGGGCAUCAAUUACUCUUUGAUCAAGUUCUUCGGUUAGACAUUGUUGAAGCAGAUGGGUUACGAAUGGAGCAGAUCAAUCUAGUUGUUGGUAUUCUUAGCAAGGUUUGGCCAUAUGAAGAAAGCAACGAGUAUGGUUUUGUUCAGGGGCUUUUUGGUUUGAUGCAUGCUCUUUUCUCUCGUGACUCGAGCUCAAAGGUUCCAAGUUUUGCUCAAUCAAGAGUGUCUCCUGAGAAUCAGAGGAAUUCAGAACUACAGAUAUUUAACUUGUGCUUCAGCCUGAGCUCUUACUUAUAUUUUCUAGUCACAAAGAAAUCUCUGAGAUUACAGGCUUCAGAUUCCUCCUCCAGUUAUCCUACUUCCAUAGAACUUCAACAACCAACAUUGAGCUUGCUUAAUUCUCUUCUUACAUCUGUUACAUCUGCACUUGAAAGGGCGGCUGAGGAGAAAUCGUUGUUACUGAAUAAGAUUCGAGACAUAAAUGAAUUGUCAAGGCAAGAGGUGGAUGAAAUCAUCAAUAUGUGUGUCCGGCAAGAGUCUCUGUCAUCUGCAGAUAACAUACAAAAAAGGAGAUACAUUGCGAUGGUAGAAAUGUGUCGAGUUGUUGCUAGUAGGGAUCGGUUAAUCAUUCUACUACUCCCACUUUUGGAACAUGUCCUAAAUAUCAUCCUCAUCCAUCUUCAGAACAGCUCUAUUGCACUUGAUCCUGCCAUGAGCACAAAAACAAUUACAUAUAGUUCAAAGUGUGAUCCACAACAGGAUAUGGCUUUGUUUUGUGGGAAGUUAGUUCCAACUCUUGAAAGACUCGAGUUGCUGAGUGAGGAGAAAAUAGGGCACAAUCUCAAAGUAUUCCAAAGAUUAACUACUUCUGCCAAAGAGAUUGCAAUACAAAAGUUGAUUUUGUAGAUAUAUUAAAGUAUCCAAUACAAAUUCAGUUGCCUUGAUUGGAUCAACUGCCUGUACACUGUAAAUUGUAUGAAGUGUAAGUGUUCUUUCUGAAUUAAUUUAAAUUUGCAAGAUAUGGAGUGAAAUUUUGUAGUGUAAUGGUGAAAACUUGUUUAAAUUAUGUACUUUAAACCUGUACAUAAUAGUUAGAGUUAUAGAAUAGAUAAUGUCAUCAUGCAAUCCCUUAUCCUUCACACAAGAUAA